AUGGAGAAUGUUAUGCUAUUCGAAUUGUCUUUCCUAAACAACCUUCCUCGAACUCAUGACACUUUCUCAUCUUUGUCAAUUGCAUUGCUCAACUUCCCACAGCAACAAGAGACAAUUCCUGUCCAAAAUUCCUGGAAGAUUCCAAAGUCCUCCACCAGCAGAUCUGAUAGCCCCGCAUCAGCAACAAAUAAAUCAGGUAAUGCCAAUGGUAGCGGAAAUAAUAGUCCAUCACCAGCGUCCAACUCCCCCACUACGUCGACGAAUGCAGCUCCGUAUAAUCAUCAGAGCUGGAAAGUUGUUGGAAGUCCGCCUACCAAUGUAAUUAGGUCUAUACCUCAAAGUCCAAAUGAAUUCCAAGUCUAUCAGGCAAAAAAAUCAGAUGAAGACAACUCGGAUCAAAAAUUGCGCAGAGCAUCAAGUAACUCCAGUACACCGCAACGAUAUUUAAAUGGAGGCACUGAUCUGUCUAGAUUGGUUUCAUCCAGUUCCCCUCCGCCAAAAAAUUUACAAAAUAUCCCUAAUGGAAAUGGUGAAAAUAGUGGUAAAUGGGGUACAUUGGGAUUACAGUGGCCUGGCCCGUCUUCAAUCUGGAUCGAAAAGAACUCACCACAAUCCGGUUCAGUAACUAAACAAGGAUCACGUACGUCGCCACCUCCUCCAUCCACAAAGAAUGACGAGGUGAAUAACAAUUCUUCAUAUGAAAGAGAUAUCAGCUCACCUCCGGGAAUUUCUGGAAAAUUACCAGUUCCUGUUCCUCCUAACCCACAAUAUCGCCAACAUCGAAGUCUUUCCUUUUCUGUCGGACAACAUGACACCGAUCUAUUUGGUUAUGCUCCCACUACAAAUCGUCGUGACAGUGAGGGUGGAUUGCGUUUUGCUUAUCGCCACUCUUUGCCAGUAAUGGAAGAGGAAACUGAUGACUUGUCGCAAUUUAACAUGAAAUUCCGUGCGCGUUCAAAAUCAUCUGCCGCUGCUUACGGGGCAAUCUCAGGCUAUUCGGACCUUCCUGGUGAUGAUAUGAGUGAAUAUAGAAGGGAUUCUGAGCAAUAUUCAGAUUCAGGCUCAAUCUGGAACAAUCAAGGACCCCAAAAUGACGGUCCUAUUCUUCAUCACAGACGUUCAGUACCCGGCACUUCUGAUUACGGAAUGUGGGAUAAUUUAAACGCAUCUAGACAACCCGCAACAUCAUCUUCGUACUUGUCGAUGAUGUCCGGCUUGCCUAAUAACGACCGACUAGAAAAAAUGAGGCAAAGACGUUUCUCUCUUUCACAAGUGCCGACAUAUAGUCAUGAUUAUCCGUAUAUGGAUGGGAACCAAGAUUUACGAAUGUUAAACCAUCGUACUUCAACAAUCGAUCCAUCAUUUGCUCAUCUUGUGCAAAGACGUCAUUCGGUGGCAGGACCUUCAAUUUCUUUUUCAGCCAAUCAGCCAACUAGAUAUCUAUCUGAUACAUUGGAAUCUCUCCAUCUAAGUAAUGUAUCGCAAGCCACAUAUACUAACGACACAGGGUAUCCUAGUAUUCCAGAAGACAUCGACGAUUAUUUUGAUAACGAUGAACACCGUACGAGAGCGUGGAAUGAACUUGGAAAGGGAUUACCUCUUCAUGCUGUUCCAACUCAUGGUCCGCUGUUUCUUGUCGAAUUUAAAGCGGGACGUACCGAUUUAUUUUACGUUGCGGAAAAUAGUGGUAACAUAGUUAAAAAAGGAGAUCUUGUUAUUGUCGAGGCAGAUCGAGGAAAAGACUUGGGAAAAGUCACGAACGAUUCCAUCAUGCCUCAUCAAGUGCAAUUAUUACAACAACAGCAGGCUGAUGCUAUGAGUGACGGUCAUCGCAUGAACAAGGAAAUUCACCCGAAACGUAUUUACCGAUUGGCCCAGCCGGCUGAAGUUACAAUGCUGGUUUCAAAGAGUCAGGAUGAAUCAAAAGCUAUGUUGGUCUGUCAGACUAAAGUUCGUCAAAAGAAAUUGCCAAUGGAAGUGGUUGAUGCAGAAUACCAAUGGGACCGGCGCAAGCUUACCUUCUACUUCAUCGCCGAGCGUCGUAUUGAUUUCCGUGAAUUGGUCCGUGACCUGUUCAAAAUUUACAAAACGCGUAUUUGGAUGUGUGCUGUCAAUCCUAUGAUUAAUAAGCCCAAGAAAUGA